AUGGCUGGGACCUCAGCCGCCAAAAGGUCAGCUUCCCUCGGGGUGUUCCUCGCUGCCUUCGCCGCCUGCCUCUCAGCCACCAGCAGCGAAGUAAAUCUGUUGGACACUUCCACCAUCAUCGGGGACUGGGGGUGGCUCACUUAUCCUUCACAUGGGUGGGACUCCAUCAAUGAAAUGGACGAAUUCUUCAACCCCAUCCACACGUACCAAGUAUGCAAUGUCAUGUCCCCGAACCAGAACAACUGGUUGAGAACUAGUUGGAUACAGAGGCAAGGGGCGCACCGAGUUUACGCCGAGAUCCGAUUCACCCUCCGGGAUUGCAACAGCAUGCCAGGAGUGCUGGGCACCUGUAAGGAAACAUUCAACCUCUACUACCUUCAAUCGGAUCGGGACCUGGGCAGCACCACCCGGGAGAGCCAGUUUGUGAAGAUUGACACCAUCGCUGCCGACGAGAGCUUCACCAACGUGGACCUGGGCGUCCGGAGGCUCAAACUCAACACGGAGGUGCGCGGCGUGGGGCCGUUGACCAAACGGGGGUUCUACCUGGCCUUCCAGGACAUCGGGGCCUGCAUUGCCAUCGUCUCUCUCCGCGUCUACUACAAGAAAUGCCCAGCCAUGGUGAGGAACUUGGCCUCUUUCUCCGAGGCCGUCACUGGAGCAGAUUCUUCAUCCCUUGUGGAGGUGCGGGGAGAGUGUGUGGGGCACUCGGAGGAGAGAGACACCCCCAAAAUGUACUGCAGCGCAGAAGGGGAAUGGCUGGUGCCCAUUGGGAAAUGCGUCUGCAGCGCGGGCUACGAGGAGCAAAGAGACUCAUGCCAAGCUUGUCAAUUGGGAUACUACAAGUCUUCCCCUGGGGAUCAGCUGUGUGCCAAGUGCCCUCUACACAGCUCUUCUGAAACCCAGGCUGCCCAGGUGUGUCGCUGUGAGAACGGCUUUUACCGUGCCCCCCAGGACCGCCCAUCAGCAGCCUGCACACGUCCUCCUUCAGCUCCCAUGAACUUGCUGUCCAGUGUGAACGGUACAUCGGUCACUCUGGAAUGGGCCCCUCCCUUGGACAAAGGAGGCCGGAGUGACAUCCUCUACAACGUGAUUUGCCACCGCUGUGCGUGGGACUCGGGCCAGUGUGAGGUCUGUGGUGCCGGGAUCCGCUUUAUGCCCCAGCAGAUGAACCUGGCCCAGGGCUCUCUGGCAGUUGCCAAUCUCCUGGCCCACACCAACUACUCCUUCUUUGUAGAGGCCAUGAAUGGGGUCUCCGACCUUAGCCUCCAGCCACCAAGAUUUGCUACUGUCAACAUCACCACGAACCAGGCAGCUCCAUCACAAGUGCUGGGCGUCCGCCAGGAGAAUGUGGGUCAAAACAGCAUCACUCUGCUGUGGCAGGAACCCGACCAACCAAAUGGCAUUAUUCUGGAGUAUGAAAUCAAGUACUAUGAGAAGGACAAAGAGAUGCAGAGCUAUUCCACCCUGAAGUCAAAAGGCAACAGCACAACCAUCUCUGGUCUGAAACCUGCGACCCGCUACAUAGGUCCGGUCCGAGCCCGCACCUCAGCCGGCUGCGGCAAGUUCAGCCAGGCGGUGGAAGUGGAGACGACGAAAGCAACUCCCCGAUACGAUACCACUACAGUCAUAUGGAUCUGUCUCACCCUCAUCAGCGGCCUCGUCAGCCUGCUCCUCUUUCUCAUCUGCAAAAAGAGGCAGGUAGAAGGAUCCAAAAACCUUCUUCUUGCUGGUGAAAAUGAUGAGGAAUGUCCUAUCAUUCUCAUUGCUGUUCUUGUGUUGGCGAUAAUUCACACAGCCUGCAUUGAGAAGAGCAAGGAAUUUAGCAACUAUUUCUUCUGUUCCCUGAGGCUAGAUGACCUAAGAAAACCAGACAAGCUGGAGAGCAAGGACUUUGGGAAGGUCAACAUUGUGUCCUGUCCCCAAAGUUACAUCUUCAGUGUGAAGUUUCCAGAGUCUAAGUUCUACGUGGAGCCACACACAUAUGAGGACCCCUGCCAAGCAGUCCAUGAAUUCACACGGGAGAUAGAAGCCUCCAGGAUCAAAAUCGAGAGAGUCAUUGGGUGUGGAGAGUCGGGCGAGGUGUGCUACGGCUGUCUGAAGCUGCCUGGGAAGAGGGAGAUGCCUGUAGCGGUGAAGGCUCUGAAAGCUGGUUACACAGAGAAGCAGCGUCGGGACUUCCUCAGCGAAGCCAGCAUCAUGGCCCAGUUUGACCACCCUAAUGUCAUCCACUUGGAGGGAGUGGUCACCAAAAGCAAAUUAGUCAUGAUUGUGACCGAGUACAUGGAGAACGGCUCGCUGGAUUCUUUUCUCCGGAAACAUGACGGGCAAUUCACCGUUCUUCAACUGGUGGUCAUGUUAAGAGGGAUCAGUGCUGGCAUGCGCUACCUGGCCGACCUGGGCUACGUGCACCGAGAUUUGGCAGCCCGUAACAUCCUGGUCAAUGGCAACUUGGUCUGUAAGGUCUCAGACUUCGGACUGUCGCGAAUCUUGGAGAACAACCCAGAAGCGGCCUACACCACAACGGGCGGAAAGAUCCCCGUUCGUUGGACAGCGCCCGAAGCCAUCACCUACCGAAAGUUCUCCUCGGCUAGUGACGUGUGGAGUUACGGCAUCGUCAUGUGGGAAGUGCUGGCCUAUGGGGAGCGGCCUUACUGGAAUAUGACCAACCGGGAUGUCAUCCAGUCUGUGGAAGAGGGGUAUCGGCUGCCCGCCCCCAUGGGCUGCCCCACUGCUUUGCAUCAGCUCAUGCUGGACUGCUGGCAGAAAGACCGCAACGAGAGGCCACGUUUCUCCCAGAUUGUCAGCAUCCUGGACAAGCUCAUACGCAACCCACAGAACCUUAAGUGUACGGCCAUGGUCAAUAGAUUCACCCAAACUCUUUCGGAACGAAGCUGCAUCGAUUUCGCCAGCUGCACGACCGUGGAAGACUGGCUGGACUCCAUUCGGCUGGGCCGAUACCAUGAGAACUUUGCCCUGGCGGGCUACUCGUCCCUCGGCAUGGUGAUGCGGAUGAACAUUGAUGAUGUACAAAGCCUGGGCAUCAGCUUGGUAGGACACCAGAGGAAAAUCCUGACCAGUAUCCAGAUCAUGAGGUCUCAGCUGCUCAACACCAUGGGCUCCCGAAGACACCUCUGAUGGCCUUUCUGAAUCAGUCCAAGAACCUCCC